CAAUCGGCGAUGUGUACUUCAAGGCACACAAAUCAGUUCUUGCUUCAUUCUCCAAUUACUUUAAGAUGUUGUUUGUCCAUCAGACCAGUCCCAGGUUUAAGCAGUAGUGGGUGUUCCUGCAGCAGAUGUGACACAUGCCGUUUGGGCUGCUGCCUGGUGGCCGGCCGUGCCCACCUCCGCGUGCAGAAUUCGAGCUCACUGAGGCACCCACGGGACGGAGACCAGGGGCUGCUUUUACACGUCACUUCCUGAGCCAGGCGCUGUGGCCUAGGCCUGACUGCUCACUCAGAUGUCUUCAGUGAGUGUGUCCGUUUGAAGCCCACAGACAUUCAGCCCGAUAUUUUCAGCUAUCUCCUGCACCUGAUGUACACCGGAAAGAUGGCACCCCAGCUUAUUGACCCUGUCCGCCUAGAGCAGGGAAUCAAGUUCCUGCACGCCUACCCGCUGAUCCAGGAAGCGAGCCUCGCCAGCCAAGGAGCCUUCUCGCACCCCGAUCAGGUUUUCCCGCUGGCUUCUUCCUUGUAUGGCAUCCAGAUUGCCGAUCACCAGCUGAGACAAGCCACUAAGAUGGCUGCGGCCCCUGAGAAACUUGGCCGAGACCCAAGGCCUCAGAACCCUAGGAUGAGCCAGGAGCCAGUGCCGGAGGCGUCCCAGCUCUCCCAGCUGACGUCCAACCUGGCCCCGGUGAAUCGGACAAACAUGACCCCUUCGGACCCGCUGCAGACCUCGCUAUCUCCAGAACUGGUUUCCACUCCCGUGCCUCCCCCUCCCCCCGGAGAGGAGACCAAUCUGGAAGCCUCCUCCUCUGACGAGCAGCCCGCGACCCUCACGAUUGCCCACGUCAAGCCGAGCAUCAUGAAGAGGAACGGAAGCUUCCCGAAGUACUACGCCUGCCACCUGUGCGGCCGGCGCUUCACCCUCCGGAGCAGCCUGCGAGAGCACCUCCAGAUUCACACCGGAGUACCUUUCCCGUCCAGCCAGCAGGGCGAGAGCCGCGUGCCCCUGUCUCUCUGUAGCAAUGCGGCCGACCUUGGCAAAGACGCCAUGGAAGUGCCUGAGGCUGGCAUGAUAAGUGACAGUGAGCUACAGCACAUCUCCGAUUCCCCGGUCAUUGACGGACAGCAGCAGUCGGAAACACCACCCCCCUCCGACAUCGCCGACAUUGACAACUUGGAGCAGGCCGACCAGGAGCGGGAGGUGAAGAGGCGGAAGUACGAGUGCACCAUCUGUGGACGCAAAUUCAUCCAGAAAAGCCACUGGCGGGAGCACAUGUACAUACACACCGGGAAGCCUUUCAAAUGUAGCACUUGCGACAAGAGUUUUUGCAGAGCCAACCAGGCUGCCCGCCACGUGUGCCUCAACCAGAGCAUCGACACCUACACCAUGGUGGACAAACAGACCCUGGAACUGUGCACGUUCGAGGAGGGCAGUCAGAUGGACAACAUGCUGGUGCAGACCAACAAGCCCUACAAAUGCAACCUGUGUGACAAAACGUUCUCAACUCCCAACGAGGUUGUUAAACACUCCUGCCAAAACCAGAACUCGGACGUGUUUGCCCUGGAUGAGGGGCGGUCCAUUCUCCUGGGCAGUGGAGACUCAGAGGUCACAGAACCUGACCACCCAGUGUUAGCUUCCAUCAAAAAGGAACAGGAAACUGUAUUGUUGGACUGAAUGUUACUUACCUUUUUAAAAAAAAAAAAAUACAGAAACUGUUGUUUUUACAAAGACUAUCUUCCUUCCCUUCCCCCCAGUUCAGAGCUGAAGUUCUCCAUGGCAUGAUACGAACAGGUCCCUGUUCCCCUCUCUUCCCCUUCUCCCCUGCCCCCGCCCCACCCCUGUGAAGGCUUUGUGCAUUAUAAACCUGGAAUAUAUUUACUUAAAUUCAGGGGAUUUUGAAAGGAUAAUGGUCCAUAGUACUUAUAAACUCAAAUAGAUUUGGAGACGUUUUAGAUUACUUGAAAGCAUACUUGGAACUAAUGAAGGGUAUAUAACAAACCAAAACAACCUGAAUGCAAUUUGGUAAACUAAAAUUAUGACUUUCCCUGGGUAAUAAGUCUUCCUUCUGAGAAAGUGUCAGAAAAUGCAGCGUUCUCCCUGAGGUAAAGCUGGGCUCUGUACUAUGCAAAAUCUAGAAGGUGUGGGGGAGGCUUCCACCCCCAAGAGAAUGCUCGUAGUGUUUACCCUCCAGGUGUCUUACUUCAGAAUGCUUCCUUUGAGAUUAUGUCCCGUUCAGAAAAAUCACUAGUUAAGAAAUCUACCUUUACAAAACACGAAAGAAAAAGUAAUAAUGUGAUGGCAAUCUUAAUUUGUGGAUAAAACAUGACAAGCUGUGAGUGUGUGUGUUUGUAAGAGGAAACGUGUGGGUACUUGCUAUAAACAGGUGAAUUAAUGCACAUGCCUUAUCUAACUGCUGGCUUCUUUCCAAGUUGAACAACAACAAAAUGCUGUAUUUUAGUUUUUGGCAAAUUUAUUGUUUCAAAAAUCAGAUUUGAAAGUACUGUUCUAUAGAUUGUCUCUCUGUAUACAAACCGAUAUGCCAUUUCCUAGCAGUUGCCAGUGGUAAAUUCAUUUUAGGACCAACCAUCUGUCUGUACUACAGGGAAAAUCAGAGUGUAUACUCUAGGGAAAAGGACAUAGGAAUGUGUGCCUCUCAUAGGGAAAGUGGCGAGCAGAUAUAGUAACUAUAUUGACUUUACCAGUCAACACUGAUAGUUUAGUGGCAGCAUUCAUGAAGCAUCAAAAAUGGCAAAGAGAAAUCAGGACCAAAAAAACAAAAACAAAAAAUCUAGUUGCUGUUUGGGGAAAAUAAAAAACUUGAUUUUGAAGUUUAUUCUCCAACUUUUUAAAUGUCUAAAAUUUUCUCCAUUGGCCUGAAAGCCGUGAAAUUUGUCCAUUGCUCUUCCCUUAGGCCAAUAAGAGAAUAGUCCCUCAAGACAAAGUAGGAGCCAGAAAUAAGGACCGAAGGGGAGAGGGAC